GUCUUACAUACUGAGACUCAAUACUCACAUGCAGUUAUUUCCCUGAUGUUAUCACAAUCAUACUUUUUCCAGCCUCUUGUAAACACUGCGAAGCUGUUAAUUACUAUGCCAGUCAUUAAUAAGGAUCUAAUUUAAAAAAGUUCCCUUUUUGCAAACACAGCUGUUCUGUGUGAGUGGCACUUUUGACAUGAUUGUUGGAUAUUUUGAGUUGACGUAAAAAUGUCCCUGACCACUUAUAAAUAAAACAUGUCAGUGACCCCCCUCUCCAUCUGUAAGCACCUGUUCAGGCUAAUCAUGGUGAAACCACCAAGUGAGACUGAAAAGUCUAUAACCAUUUACAUGCAAAUAAAGUAAAAAACUUAACAAAGUGUCUAGCGUUGUUCCAGACAACUUUCCACUCUGCCUCAGAGAGAGAAACUGUGUACACUGGCCAUUUUGACACUUGGCAGGUGGGCCAGAGACUGGCUACGGUGGUGGGCUUAACAUUUAAAGGCGCUCAGAUGUCUGACAGCCCCUCCAGAGCCAAACUGCUGCCCCUCACGGCCUCUCACAGCCCCCCGCCCCCCUGGCCGGUCCCCUGCUGACGUUGGCUGUGCCGUUUACAUUUAGGUAGACAGGCUUAUUCCAUUCUUAAUACCACCUCCAGUAAGAAGAGCAGAGGUGUCAAGCAGUAGGUGAGAGACAAGGACAAUCUCACGACUGGAUGACUGUUAAGUCAGAAUUCUAAAGGUGUUUCCACGAGUUACACUGACAGUUACUGGCUGUAUGUUUUUACUCUUUAUGGAUUUGAAUUUAGUUAGUUUGAUUUUCUUAAUUUUUGCUGUUGAUAAAUUUGCGUUUUAUUCACAUAUCCGUCGUUAAAUCAGCUUGUCUGUACAGUUGAAGAGGAGCACAUAGGGAUAAGGCUGGCUGCGUUUUUCAAAAAAGUUGUCCCAUCUGUCACUCGGACGUUGGUCAUCAACCUUUCUGUGACCCUUUUUCUGUCUCGAUUGGGUAUCCUAACGGGAUUCGGUCAUGAGUUCAAAGAUAGUGAACUCUAACUCAACCCCUGGAAAGCCAAGCACAAUGGAUAACCUAACUGACUGCACUGGUGCCGGCUUGGACCUCAUUCAGAAUCGCAUUGAGUCUCUGAGCAGUAAGAUGGACAGGCUCAUCAACAUCCAGGAGAAGGUCCUCAAUCGGCUGGACGGAAUAACCCAGGACAUCGAUGGUAUCGAGAGGGACGUGGAAACUCUGAAGGUGGACAACGAGGAGAUCCAUAUACCUGCAAGAGCCCUAACUCUUCCCCUGGCUCAAACCCAGGGUACAGGUGUGGUGGGCGAGGUGAGAGAGAUGUGUCAUGAGAUGAGCUCCAUCAUGAUGGCGUUGGACCAGCGCUCAGAGAAGCAGGCUGAGAAGCUGGACGGGAUGGAGAAUCUGGUCCUCAGCAUCCAGCAGGUCAUCAGAUUCAUCGGGGAGACGGUGAAGAGCUCCCGGGUUAUGGAGAUGAUGUUUAUGCGUCCUGCAGCACGCAAGGCCUCCAAGUCCAAAGACAGUAAGGGCAAGGUGGACGUUAAGAGGCAAUCAUCUGCAGAAAAGAGCGAGAGCUCAAUUACUAAGAAGACCGACAAGAAAACUACCUCUACUAAAGCCACUAAAGGGACUCAAGGGAUGAUAACCACUAAAUGUGAACCCAAACCUAGUCGACCGGAGACUACUCACAGUCACAAGACAACAAAGCUCCAUGGACCAAAGCAUUUUCUCACAAUCCGCAAACUCUGCGGAAACUUUUCAAAAGAUCACAAGGGGAAGGAUGGGAAGGAGAAGUCGAGUCUGAGCACAAAGGGUCUGAAAACACAGAAGAAGAAACCCCCAGAUACAGCAGACACCAUCUCCCUGAGGAAGCAGGUGUUGCUGCUAAAGGAGGUUCAGAAGCUCAACAGGGAGAAUGCAGAGAGAUCAUCAUCAGGUCACCAGCAGCAGCUUACCCCUGAUGACGUCUUGGACCUGGAGGCUGGAUCUGGAAGGGCCUCAGAGGAGUUGGGGUCAUCACAGACUGGGUCCCUCAGCCCGAACCUGCUUGACUUGAUCCUCGAGGGCCCCAAGGCCCCUGUGACCGAAGAGGUGUCAUUAUCUGAGAAGGAGAGGGAGGCAGCAGGAGAUGGUCUAAAAGUGGAGGAGAGGAAGGAGGAAGAGGAGGCCAUAAAAAAACAAGAGAAGGAAGACCACCUCAUUGAAUCCAAGUUCAAGGAAGAGGAGCGAGAGGAAGAGCUGUUGAAAAUCACAGAGCAGCCUGAGGAGGUUAGAGGAGCAGAGGAGAGAGAGGGGAACAAAAAGGAGGAGGACAGUGCAGGCCCAUCAGAAGUUGCUGAUAUGUCAGUUAAGGAUCUCCCUUCUCUCCCACCCUCCCCUGAAGCUCCAGGAGAGACUGGCUCUAUUCCAGAGAGUUGUGAAGUCCACAACAAAAGUGUCUCCUCUCAGUUUCUGGAGGCAGCAGAACAGGACCAGAUGGAAGAGGGCAGCACCAGCAGUAAGCGUCGGGUGACGGAGGAAGACCUGGGAGUGCUGGGAGUGGAGGACCACAAGAAGAGUCGGGUGGAGGGAGGAGCAGGCGAGGAAUAUGUGAGGCAGGGGGAGAAGGAGCAGGGGGAGAGGCAGGAGGAGGUAGAGGACGGAGAAAGACCAGAUGAUGAGGACGAGGGAUGGGGCAUCUUCAAGGCAGAUGGGGUGGAUAUCCGUGUGGAGCUAAAGGAGAGGAUGGAAAAAGAGAAGAAGCCAGAUCAGUCUACAGAAGUCAGGCAGUCUACUGGGGAACAGUUCUUCAUUGAUAAAAGCUCUCCACCUCCGGCUCCAUUUAACCAUCGGAUAGUGUCAGCCAAACCGAACCAGAUCAGCAACUUCUACACCAUCAACAGAGCAGAGGUUCUCGGAGGGGGUCGUUUUGGCCAGGUGCACAAAUGCAUGGAAAACUCCUCGGGUCUCACCCUGGCUGCCAAGAUCAUCAAAGCCCGGAGUCAGAAAGAGAAGGAGGUGGUGAAGAAUGAGAUCACGGUCAUGAACCAGCUGGACCAUGCCAACCUGAUCCAGCUCUACGCUGCCUACGAGUCCAGGAAUGACAUCAUCCUGGUGCUGGAAUAUGUGGAUGGAGGGGAGCUCUUUGACAGAAUCAUCGAUGAGAACUACACUCUGAUGGAGCUGGACACGGUGCUGUUCAUCAGGCAGAUCUGUGAGGGCCUGCAGCACAUGCACAAGAUGUACAUCCUCCAUCUGGACCUCAAGCCAGAGAAUAUUCUAUGUGUGAGCAGAGUCACGAAUAAAAUUAAGAUCAUCGACUUUGGACUUGCCAGAAAAUACAAGCCCAGAGAGAAGUUACGAAUAAAUUUCGGCACCCCAGAGUUCCUGGCCCCAGAAGUUGUCAACUACGACUUUGUGUCAUUCAACACCGACAUGUGGAGCCUGGGAGUCAUUACAUAUAUGCUGCUAAGCGGUCUGUGUCCCUUCCUAGGUGACGAUGACAAUGAGACUUUGAAUAACAUUCUGGCCUGCCAGUGGAACUUUGAAGAGGCAGAAUUUACAGACAUCUCAGAGGAGGCCAAAGACUUCAUCUCCAAACUCCUCAUCAUCAAUAAAAGUUGGAGGAUAGGUGCCUCUGAAGCGUUGAGACAUCCUUGGCUCUCUGACGCAGUCCUCCAUCAUCGUCUUCAUGAAAAGAAGAACAUGUGUAACCGCUCACGCAGAUCUUCAUGCGUACCCACCACAGAUAGUUGAGCAUGAUGACUUGACGGAGCCAGCGGUGACUACUUGGACCAAGCCUGAUGUACACCUGUAGAACUACCAGAGCUUACCUGUAUGAACACAUUUAAACUGUUAAAACCCCGUAGGUGGAGGAGUGUGUCAUGUGGUAUUGCAAAACCAAGAGACAGACAAGGCAGUUCAGCACUCAGAGGAUUUACUAACUGGUAAAAAAAUAAGACCAAUAAUCAAAAUCAACAGCUGGCCCUUGAUGGCAAUAACUGAAUGUAAUCGUAUUCUUCCCCAGUGAUUUAUUUUCUCCCAGGGCAGAGAGAGCUUCUAACCGUCGUCAUUGGGUGCUGACUGGUCCAAUGGUUAGGCGUGUCCUCCUCACUGCCCUCUCUCUCCCUCUCUGAACACCACUACCUCUCCGUGUUCUGCCGCCCUAAUUGCAGCCAGUGGUUCAAGAUGUGCAGCUGCAGUCAAUUAAGUCUCUGUGGAGAGAUGCCACACCUUAUAAUGAGUUGUUUAUCCACCAAGUGGGGCCAAAAGCCGGCCUUUCCCACCCCUAAACCCCUUGGAUGCUCACACACCGCCCACCCCUGCUUCAACUCGUGGUUUGUACAGGCCAAUGCCCCGAUAGAGUCAACUCUUGGCCAGGCAUCUAAUCCAAGGCCAUGGAGGUACACACCUGGACCUCCAGGGUCAUACAACAAAGGUUGAUGUUCGUCAUCUCCAUGGUUCACCCUCUUCAUGGGUCAGGUUCUCGGCCACCUUCUGGGGCACACACGAUAACUGGUUAUUGAGAGAGGGAAGGUUCUCACCUCCAUGCGUCUGUGCCUCCUCACCAGCUUUCCCGUUCUCCUUUGAAUGACAACACGUGUCCCUCUUAACCGGCUCGCCUUUUUCCACUUGGGCCUCAGGGUUUCUGCAAAGUCUUGGGUUAUCAUCACAGAAAUGUUCAGAAAUGUUUGUUUUACCUCAGUUUUACCUCAAGCCCCUUUUCUUUCACAGAGCCUUUCUUUUGGUCACCUCCAGUCCUUCUUGCAAAACCAUGCUUCUUCAACAUUUUCAGAAUAGAGCACCCCGACAGCAUGCCACCUGCUUCAGCUCUGGUCAAAGGACAUUUGAAGGUCCAUGCCAGGAGUUUGAGGUUUCUCCAUUUCUGAACAUCCCUUUUCAUUGUCACUUUCAUUGGUCAUACUCACCACCACGUCUUGGACCUUUACCUCAUGGGCCUGGGGCUCGCUGUCCCCUGGUGGUGUACCUGAUGGUAUUUGACCAGUUUCUGUGGAGUUGUAAGACUCUCCCUGAGGCCCCCUGGUAACCAAGAGCUUGGCAAAGUCUUGGGUUACCAUAUAACCAUCAUCCAUCUUAACGAACUUGCCUGACCAUGGUAGGCCCUCUGACUCCCAGGCCCACUUUCCAACUCUCCACCACUCCUGGGGAGGCACAGUAACAUAGUUGGUUUGUCAGGCUUACCCAUGUCUUGUAGCUCUUCCAUUCCCAUUUGACUGGGUGGAUGACUGGCAGAGCUCCAUUGCCUCCUUGGCCUCUUCCUGUCUUUAAUGGGGAUUCUUAUUCUCUGGCUGUGCCUUUUUCUUCUGCGUCGUCUCAGAGGUUUGACCUGAGGGUGAGCCAGUUGCCUCAACCGACCUGUUGGGUUCUUUGUCUCACUGCCUUCUGUGCAAGUGCUCCACCUGCUGGCAGUUCUGUCUUCUGGGUUUUGGAAAGAAUACUCACGUCAACCAUGGUUAGACUCUUCAGACUUUUUAAACCUCUCCACUUCUGAAUGACAAUCCAACCUUCCUUCAGACCUCUUAACUCAUGACGAAACUUCACUCACCAGAGUAUUGGGCUGCUUCCCUCUUGGCUGGUAGUGCCCUUCUACAGGCUCACCCCAGUCCCCGAUGGGGUCUCCCCACCAGUUUUGGAUUUUUGGAGCACUGGAACUUUCCCUGGUCUCUGCUGGAUCCUUUGGACCGCCAUCUCCCUGUCACCACUUCACCAUCAGGGGACCUUGAAACCUCUUCUGGGGAAAACAAAGUGGGAGAGUCAUCAGCGGAAUGUAUUUGGACUGACAUUCUUGUUGGCGUGGUUGUCCUGGGAACCCUCUGUGUAACCAUGCUCCGGUCCAGGUUUUCUUUUUUGGGGUUCCUUUAAUCUUCUCUGGCCAUGGGUUCUGGAAAUACAGACUGUUUUCUCUUUGGUCAAGGGGCUGUUCAGUGGUGUGGGUAAACAACUCACACGAAGGAGCAAACAUGUCCCCUGAAAUGGGGAGUGGGGUUUGAUCCCACCAGAGCGCAGUCUCCGCCCCGAGUCCUAGGACUUGCCUCAGCAGAUGGCUGUGUUGCUGCUUUUCACGCAGUUGCACCUCAAGGCUACUUAGCCUCUCCUGCUCCUCUUUAAGCAACCAGGAGUCCUGCUCCCACUUGGUCCUCAAGGCCAUAUUAGAUGUCUCCAGCCUGUGAACGACAUCCUGCAUUUUCUGAACCUCAUUGCAUUUUCCACUUAUGAUUGCAAUUCAGAGGCUUUACCUGCCAGGGACAUCUUCUCCUCCAUCAAUGCCACCAUUCUCUGCUUGGCUUCCAUCGCUGACUUCUUUGCCAUCUCUUCAUUACUUUUCAAUUCACUUAUGAGGCUCUUCACUGCCUCCUGCUCAAGCCUUCUUGCUGCCUGCUCCGCUUCCAGGCCUGCACAUUGUUCCUCUUCAUUGCUUCUCAAUUACCUGCUCGGUCUGCUUGCUCUUACUGCUUGUCCAGCACCUUUGUGGAAAGCCCUGUUCCUUUUGAACUGGGGUGCAGCUUUUCUUCCAACAGGGCCAACAUCUCAUCCUGGGCUUCCCCUUGUCGCUCUGCCCUCUGCCGGCAGAUCUCUAAAUUCUGGGCGCUGGUUACCUGCUCCCUGUGCUCCUUUUCUGCACACUCGUGAGCUACCUCAGAGACCUCCAGGACCCUCUUCAGCUGCUGCAUUCCUGCCUCUAAUUCUUCUCGCCUGAGCUUUUCCUCUGAGCCGAGCAUUACUUUUCAUGAGCUUUUCGGCUUGCUCAUUGGCAGCGUGAACUGCCUCUUUAAGAUCAAUGUUCUCGAUUCAGAACAGUGACCUCUUCUUCCCAGUCACUACAACAUCCUGGAACUUAGUCUUUACCUUCUCACCUCUUCCCCUUGGUCCCUGCACUUCUCCUGCAGGCUGAGGACCAUACUUGAUUCUCUUUCAGUUGACUUGUCAGCCAGGUUACCCUCUUCUUGUUGCUGAAAGUCUCCUCUUGCAAGGUGGCCAGCUGCCUUGACUUCUCAUGGAGCCGUUUGAGGCCAUGAUGCUCUUCUUGUAGGACGGCGCACAGGCACCCCAGACGCUCCUUCAGGGCCUCUUUGCUGGUCCUCUCUUCUUCAAACUGCCUCUUGAAGGCUUCCUUGGCCUGGUCAGCAUCUAGUAGGGAGGCCCUCGUGCCCGUGCUGCCCAUGCUCUGCUAACAGGCAUCUGCUCACUUCUUCCUUUGCCUUCCCCCUUGAAGUAUCAGCUGGCACUUCUUUGUUACGGCCACAGGUGGCGGUACUUACGUCUGGCUGAGCACUGUUCAAUCUUCUAGCAAAAUGUUUCAUGUCACUGAUAGCUGCAGUGAUUUCUGGAUCCACAAGCAGACCCUUUAUUUAACUAGGCAAGUCAGUUAGGAACAAAUUCUUAUUUAGAAUGAUUUCCUACCCCGGCCAAACCCAGACGACGCUGGGCCAAUUGUGUACCGCCCUAUGGGACUCCCAAUCACAGGCAGAUGUGAUACAGCAUGGAUUUGAACCAGGGACUCUAGUGAUGCCUCUUGCAUUGAGAUGCAGUGCCUUAGACCGCUGCGCCACCUGGGAGCCAAGAGUUCUUUAUAGCCGGUGAGAAACUCAAGACUACCUUCAGAGCUCUUACAUUUUAGUGCUCCCUUGUGUGGUGCUUUGUCCCCUCCGUCACCAACCACUUCAAGGUUGAGGGACUUUACAUCCACUCUUCUGCCAGCAGCAUUUUCUCUUGUAAAAACCGACUUAAAAAACCCUGUCCUCUCAGCCUACAGGGCACCAUAACUUGUCUAGCUGGUUGUCUCAGGUUGCACUACCACACGGGGAUACCCACAUUCUCCACCAGUGUAACAACUCCGUAGGUGGAGGAGUGUGUCACAUGUGUGGUAGUGCAAAACCAAGAGACAGACAAGGCAAUUCAGCACUCAAAGAGGAUUUAUUAAAUAAAUAAAGGGUUCACAGGUAGCUUGGGGAAUCUUCAUGUCCCAAAAGAAUGUUCUCACAAAGAAAUGAGGCCAAUAAUCAAAAUCAACAACUGGCCCUUAUGUCAGCAACUGAACAUAAACGUAAGUCACUGGGGAAGAUAAUCUUUUACCCCAGGGCAGAGAGAACAUCAAACCUUCGGCAUUGGGUGCAAACUGGUCCAAUAUUUGCGAUAAAACUUUGGUGUGUCCUCCUCACGGCUCUCUCUCCCUCUCUGAAUGCCGCUGCCUCCCCGUGUUCUGCCGCCCUAAUUGCAGCCAGCUGUACAAGAUGUUCAGCUGCAGUCAAUUAAGUCUCUGUGGAGAGAUUCCACACCUUGUAAUGAGUUGUUUAGCCACCAGGUGGGGCCAAAAGCUGGCCUUUCCCACCCCUACACACCUCGGAUGCUCACAAAACCUACACCUAUUGAACUACACCUGUAGAACUACCAGAGCUGUGUGAUGAAUGGACAAUACACGUUACCUUACUUUUACAAAGUAAAAGUACUAUUCCCACAGUUUAGUGUGAAAGCGUAGAGCCCUUCAAGACUGGAGGGUGUAGUGAAAGAUAUUUUGCUAGAUAUGUGAAUUUAAUCUACAAUGCAAGACAGUAUAACAUAACACCAACACCUAACUGCCCUGAUCUUGUAAAUACUUUGGGGAUUUUGUCAGACAAACUAGCUGAACUUUAUCCGAAGUGUGUUUGUUUCCCUGCUCAUACAGUUUUACUGCUCUCUUCCUUCAUGUGUGAAUCCAUUUUGAUUCACACAUCAGUUAUCCACAAUGCACCUCAAAGUAUAUGCUGUGAUGUGAUCUCUUUUUCAUUUCAUUUUCUGCUAAUGUAAAAGGGUUCCAUGUUGAGUACUGUACCCCACUUUUCCUCCGAAUGUGAGUGUAUUCAUGCAAACCGAGGGAUUAUCCCAUUUAACUUUUUAUUUUAUUUCACCUUAAUUUUGACUGAUUUUGACUUUAACUUGACUGAUAGAUAGACCAAUGUCAUAUGUUUGUUGUUUGUUUUGUGUUCUCGUGACAUUUGGUGUAAAUAGAUAAAAUAUGCAGAUGUUUGCUUAAACCCUUUAAUGCGGACCUGGAGUACUUAACACUUUUUCAGUGGCAUUAGUCUGGGAAGGCAUGGUUAUCCUGUUUUCAUUUUCUUAAAAUCAUUUGAUCUGUUCUUUUAAUUGCUGUUGAUAUAUUCUAUAUUGUAUUUUUGGAAAAGCUGUGCUUUCUCUAAAGAAAGAGUUGUACGAAUGGAAAUGGUUGUGAACAAUGUUUUGUAACAAGAUGAUUGGCAAAGUAAAAAAAUGCCUCCCAGAAUCAGGGUCUGCAUCUAAGGGUUAAGUUUCAGAGACAGCUCGUUUUGAUUUCACAAUUCACACACACACACACACACACACACACACACACACACACACACACACACACACAAGCAAUUGGUGUGGUCUGUUUUCAAGCUCUAGUAUGUCCACUUUAUAGUGUUAUUUAUUUAAAUCAGAAUAAUUCAUCAAACUAAUCAUAGCAUUGAAGGAAAAAUACCAUGUUAGAAGUUACAUGUUCUUAUGUCUAUAGUCAUGUCCUACAAUAUACUUGUUCAUGUGUGUAUUAAAAAUACAUUUUUACUUUAAAUUAAAAUAAUCCAAGUCUUAUCAGUUUUUUCUUUGUUUUAAUUGGAAACCUUUGUUUAAGAUUAAGCAGGUCAUUUUUAUUUGGCCUUUUUUGUUAAUUUUAUUUAAUGAAAGCAUGUUUUUGGCUUGCAUGUGCUCAGUAAAACCAAUAUAGUACAUAUAUGACACAUGAUACAACAUUAUUUCAAUGUGUAGGGUUGUGCUUAAAUGUUUGCAUUGUUAAUAUUGUUGUUUGUUAAUGCUUGUCUGCAUGUUAUCAUAUUGUAAUUAAAUAAAAACGACUUUAUUACCUUCCAUGAAGGUUGUCUAUUGGAAAGUAUAAUACCUAUUAGAAUGACAUAUUGUUAGUAUUUGAAUGUUUUAAACUUUUUAUCAUUUCCUCUAUGGUAUAUAUAUUUUCUCAGGUUUACAGUUGUAUAGACAGUGAAAUUGCUUUCUCUUGUCCAUUGGACAUUGAUCAUCAUUGUUUUGAAGGUCAGAGUAGAAUAGAUUCUGUAAAAAACUUUUCUAUAAAAAACAAUGUCCUUUUUCUGAUCCAAGCAUUUUGAAUUGGAUAUGCAUUUGGGAGUGUUGUCGCAUUAAAAAUGAAAUAAAUAUUACAGAGAAGGGAAAAACAC